AUCAAAAAGAAGCUCUGCUUAACAACUGAGACUAGACAGCAAAGGCUGAAAAAUAGCAACAUGUGCAAAGGACUAGCCGCACUGCCUGCUACUUGCCUAAGAAGUGCAAAGGACAUGAAACAUCGUCUGGGCUUCUUGUUGCCAAAGGCAGAGACAUUGAGUGAUCACAGUUCAACAUUCAUCAAGAAGGACAAAACAGGUGACACACCCAGACUCCAUUAUGAAGAAGUGAAACAAUGGAGUGAAUCUUUGCUACAGCUAAUAUCUCAUAAACAUGGUCUGGUCACAUUCACUGAAUUUCUCCAGUCUGAAUACAGUGAAGAAAACAUCAUGUUCUGGCUGGCGUGCCAGGAAUACAGAAAAUGCAAGUCUCCUGCAAAACUGGCAUCGAAGGCAAAGAAGAUUUUCAAUGAAUACAUUGCAGUUGAGGCUCCCAGAGAAGUGAACUUGGAGUCCCAGGUCAGAGAAAAGGCCAGAAAGAAUAUCCUUGAGCCAACGUCUUCAAGCUUUGAUGAGGCACAGAACAAAAUCCUAACAUUGAUGCAGAAGGACUCUUACCCCAGGUUUCUCAAGUCCAAGAUCUACUUGGAUUUACUGAAUCAGACUCAAGCAAGAAGUUAACCAAACAGCGAAGCACAAACACCUUUAAAGUCUGAUCCACAGCACUCACACGUUGGUUUACUAGGACUGCCAACACAAGGUUGAUGAUUGUAUGAUUUCAAUUUCAAAAUCUUUGUUAGGCCACGUUUAAAGGAAAGGUACACAUUCUUGUUGUCACUGAGAGUUACUGCAGCUAAAUUUGGCCAACAUAGCACUUUAAAUCUUGGAGAAUGAAAGCUUCUUUUAUACCAUUUUAGCAAAGGCCAAGGCUAGAAUAUAUCAUUUUUUUUCCAGUAGUAUUUUUCUUUUGUGGUGCUACCUUUUUGAGUCCAUCAAAAUUUUCUGCACUGGAAUUAGGCAGAGCAAUGUUGUUAUUGAUAUCAGGGAACACAAACAAGUUUGUGUUCUCAAUGGCAAUGAAAUAACUUCAACAGACCUGCUGAUUAUAUGACCUUAACUUCAAGUCAGCUUCAAUGAGCCUGUAUGUACACUCUCAAAAUACCAAGAGUGAUGUGCCCCACCCUCUUCGUUGUCCUAUCUUUCAAAUUCUAUGGGUUGUCAUAGAUUAUGUGCUAGCUUCGGGAACCUGUGUUAUUCCUUUCCAUCUACUGUUGGACGGAUUGAAGAAAUAGUAAAGUACACAUCACUGUUGCACUCCAAGCAGUAUUGCAUUGAAAGGCGGAGCCAUUUUGGGGAAACCAUCAUCUCCAAAUUCCUCUCCACAUCUCGUAAUAUGCCACUGUGGACAUACAUAGAACAUAGAACAUUACAGCACAGUACAGGCCCUUCGGCCCUCAAUGUUGCGCCGACCUGUCAUACCGAUCUCAAGCCCAUCUAACCUACACUAUUCCAUGUACGUCCAUAUGCUUAUCCGUACAUCAACAGUUAGUGAUAGUUCCUGGGUUAAAAUUCUUCACACCCCCUCCCUACAUACCUGCAUGAGGAGAGUGUCUUCAAUGAGUGAACUGCAGUAGUUCAAGAAGACUCACUGACAGGUCCUCAAGAAAUUGUAGGCACAUACACUUUUCCAAAUAUGUUCAUCAUUGAAAUAUUGAAAUACACACAUGUGAUAGCAUCACAACAUAGUUGAUUAUUUUUCAGCUGAAACAUAUCGAUAAAAUUAUUUUUAAAAUGAAACAUUACAUGACCUGUCCAGAAAUCACCCUAUGCUUACACACAAACUACUUGAAAACUGUUUUCAUUUUUUAAAAAAUAUGUCUAUACCACAGUGUAAGAAUCUUCACCUCACCAGACGUGUGUUAGCACACAAAGCAGUGCUGGUGGAAUUGAUCUGUGGAAGCAACAAUCUUGUUUGUUCUGUAUGUUUGUCAAACGUGUACUUUAGAUACUAAAGUCAAUUGUGGGGUUUGGCAAUAUUUGAGAAUAAUUUAUUGUAUUCAGGAUUAAUGUGAAAGUUUAAUUAUUUUUAUACAUGUAAUAUUCAGUAUUGUUGAAUUCCCAAGUACAUCUGAGUUAGUCUGAAAGGCUGCAAUGUGGUGUACUUUUGCAAACUAAGCAACAUCUGAAUUCUAAGUUUAGAUGCAAAGUUGCUCUUAUAUAUUUAUUGCCUAAGUUAUGAUGCGUGGGAAUUUGUUUUCAUUUU